CCGGGGUGGCACUUCCACCCAGCCGUACACGGGCAGCACAGCGGCAGCAAAGGUGACGAAAUGGAGAAGAAGAUUUCGGAGUGGGUCGCCAACUUAUCCCUGGGCGAGGAAGAAGAGGUGAUGAUGUAUAUCCCCAAGGAUGAGCAGGAAGCCGCUAUGGGAAAAUGGGAUACAGAAAAAGAUGUUCUGAAACGGCAGGCGAUGGAAGAUGAAACGAGGGUGGAGUGGAAACUCGCAAUGAUGAGGGAGAAGAAGAAAAGAGUGGAUGCGGCGAGUGUAGCAAUGCAGGAAUUAGAGCAUGUACGGACCUUAACGACACAACUGACUCCGCAGGUGGAUAUCCAACGUAAAGUGGAGAUCAUUGCCCAGAGCGUCGAGCGUUUAGCCAGGGCGCAAGAACAACAAUAUGACUUUAGCCGGAGUGCAGCUCCCAAGGGAGAAGAAGCACGUCCUCGUAGGGAGCCAGUCAAAGUCAAGUUCCCUGAUUCCUACAGUGGGAAAAGGGAAGAGAACUUUGACAACUGGGAGGCCAACGUCAAGACUUACGUGCACCUGCAACAGGUCUCCACGGAUCAGCACGUCUUGAUUGCGAUCCACGCGCUUAGAGAUGAGGCCGCCAGCUUUGCAAGGUCCCUAGUUCGCGCUGCCAACUGCAAUGAUGAUGCAGUUGCGUACUCGUCAUUCACCCCCCUCGUUGACUUUAUGAAACUGCUGCUCGAGCGAUUUGUAGAUGUCGCUCGAAGUGUCAAAGCCUCGGAUAAGCUCCAGACAAUCCACGCUCGUAAGUGGAAGAGCGCCAGAGCACCUAAGAGUACAAUGGACGAGUUAGUGGCUAUACCUGAUCAUGGGGUCACAGACACCCAGUUGGUCGCCCUCUUCUAUCGGGCGAUGCCCGAAGCCUUCCGAGGGCAUUUCUUCGCCAAGAGCGAAGAUCCUGCCACCAUGUACGAUUCCCUUAGCCGUGAAGUGGUGGCCUUUGAAGCAAAGUCGGUGUCAGUUUCUACAUUCUGGCACAAGGACUUAGAUAAGGGAAAGCAAUGGAAGGGCCGCACUAUCUCAGGGCAAGUGAAGACUAAGUAUAGUCUUGUCCUAACUUUAGAUGAGGGUAGUGUGGAUGAGAUCCCCUACGACCAGAUUGAGUGGGGGUUAGAGGAGGAGGACAGCGGUGUGGGUCAGGGGAGAACUUACGCUGCUGUCGUGGCUGGAGGGAGGCCGCAAGGAGAAGGACGAGGCCACGGCCAAGGGGGCCGGGCCUCAGGGAGCCGGUUUCAGGGCGAUCAGGGGGUUGGCGGCAGAGGAGGAAAUCGCCAAGCGGGAGGAAGGGGUCAAGGUCCCCCGCAAAAUCGCCCUAGGAAUAGGUCUCCCUAUAGGGCGUUGAUAGAAUACCCAGUCCUUAAGGUCGCCGAUCUGUCCCUGCCCUUUGUCGUCACUACGGAUGCUAGUCAGUACGGCAUAGGUGCUGUUUUGCAGCAAGACGAUGGCCAUGGUUAUAGGCCCGUAGAGUUCAUGUCCGCCAGAAUGCCUUCAGAGAAGGUUGCGGCAUCUACCUAUGAGGGGGAACUCUACGCUCUCAGGCAAGCAUUAGAACACUGGAAGCACUACUUGCUUGGGAGGCACUUCAAAGUCUACUCGGACCAUGAGACGUUGAGAUGGUUAAAGACACAGGCCAAGAUGACACCUAAGCUUACUAGGUGGGCCGCAGAGAUAGAUCAGUAUGACUUUGAGCUCAAGCCAGUGAAGGGAAAGUAUAACGUAGUUGCGGAUGCUCUGAGUAGGAGAGCUGAUUACUUUGGGGCAAUAGUGCAUUAUCUAGACAUAGGGAAGGACCUACAGCAGAAGACUAGAGAAGCUUACGCGCAGGACCCUAUCUAUAGUGACCUCCUCAAGAGAGUCAAGGAGGCCCCAAAGACUGAACCGAAUUACCGCACUACUGACGAGUUGCUUUUUGAGAAGACUAAUGUCUUUGACCGACUGUGCAUCCCCAAUAGUGAAGAGAUCCAUAGUCUGAUCUUGGGAGAAUGCCAUGACACAGAGGGUCAUUUUGGUUGGCAAAAGACUUUAGCCAAUCUGAUGCAUGCAUACACCUGGCCAAGGAUGAAGAAUGAUUGCGUAGAGUCGCCACUUUGCUGUAUCACUGCUUACAUGCAUGAAGAGUGGAAGUGAGUCAAGUCUGAUCGCAAUGCUAUUCCUGAACAAAAACUAAACUGGAUU